ACUGAGCCGGUGGAUCGGAAGCUGUCCAAGAUCGAGACCCUCCGCCUGGCCUCCAGCUACAUCUCCCACCUGGCCAACGUGCUGCUGCUGGGCGAGGGCUGUGAGGACGGGCAGCCCUGCUUCAGUGCCAUCUAUGGGGCCAAGGGCGACCUGGACAGCAAGCAGCCCCGCAGUAUCUGCACCUUCUGCCUCAGCAACCAGCGGAAAGGGGUGAGCAAGGCG